AUGUCUGUCCUCCGCAACAUCAAGAACCUCACCCCCCUCCUGGACCGCGUCCUGAUCCAGCGCAUCAAGCCCGAGACCAAGACCGCCUCCGGUAUCUUCCUCCCUGAGAGCAGUGUCAAGGAGCAGAACGAGGCCAAGGUCCUCGCUGUUGGUCCCGGUGCCUUUGACAAGGAUGGCAAGCGUCUCCCCAUGGGUGUUGCCACCGGCGACAAGGUCCUGAUCCCCAUGUUCGGUGGUAGCCCCAUCAAGGUCGGCGAGGAGGAGUACACCCUGUUCCGUGACUCUGAGUAUGUCUAA